AAACCAAACCAUAAGGCUUCACAUGGAGUCUUUCCUCUACGUCAAAAGUCUUCUUUACAUAACAUACACUCGUUCAAAUCUGCUCAUCAAUAUCUCCAAUAAUUGAAAUCUUUACUCCUGUUUCAUCAUCCAACCAUCAUACCUGCAAUCUUUCUGGCUUUGAAGUUGUUGUGAAGAUUUAGCAGUGGAAUAACAAAAAACAGAACAGUCAUGAAUGGAAAGGAGAUUCUUCAUAAGAUGAAGGAAAAAGCAUGCUUUGCCGCACCACCAUCACCUGAUGCAGGGAUAGGGAAAAGCAAAAUACCAAAACACGUCACUCAUGGCUAUUACCUGUUGAAGGGAAAAUCGAAUCGUCCCAUGGAAGAUUAUUUGGUUUCUGAGCUCAGGCGGUUAGACAAAAAUGAGUUGGGACUAUUUGCAAUAUUUGAUGGGCAUAUGGGAAAUGAUGUUGCAAAAUACUUGCAAUCCCACCUAUUUGACAAUAUUUUGAAGGAGCAUGACUUCUGGACUAAUACAGAAGAUGCAAUUAGAAGAGCCUAUCACAGAACCGAUAACAAUAUAUUAGAACAGUCAAAGAAAUUGGGGAGAGGUGGUUCAACUGCAGUGACUGCGAUCCUUAUUAAUUGUGAGAAGCUUGUAGUAGCAAAUGUUGGAGACUCUCGGGCCGUAAUAUGCAAGAAAGGACUUGCCAAUCAACUAUCGGUUGAUCAUGAGCCAAGCAAGGAAAAGAAUAUCAUUGAGAGCAAGGGUGGCUUUGUAUCAAAUAUUCCUGGUGACGUUCCUCGAGUUGAUGGACAGUUGGCAGUGGCUAGGGCUUUUGGAGACAAAAGCUUGAAGCAACAUCUUAGCUCUGAACCAGAUAUAAAAGUAGAGAUAAUUGACGAUGAUGUUGAAUUUGCUAUUUUGGCAAGUGAUGGAUUAUGGAAGGUAAUGUCAAAUCAAGAAGCUGUUGAUUUGAUCAAGGACAUAAAGGAUCCGAAUUCGGCAGCAAAACGUCUAACUGAGGAGGCCCUAGCUAGGAAAAGUAGAGAUGAUAUCUCUUGCAUAGUUGUGAGGUUUCAAUGAUUUCUAUUUCCUAAACAAAGUGAUGACUUAAAAGAGGUGAAAGUGUAAUGUGUAAAGCAAAACGCAAGUGUUCCAUUCAAAACACUAAUGUUUAUAGAUAAUAAUAAAACACCCCUUAAAACUA